UAGCAUUAUUACAAAAGGUCUGUGACCGUGAGGGAAGGAGAGGUGAUUGUGGUAAAUCUGCUAUAAAGCAGCUCACCUGCAGAAUAUAAAGACCUGCUGAAAACACUCCAGCCUUCUCAGACUUCUGCUGAGUAACCUUUGGAUUCCCCGACAGCUUUGUUAGUCACUGCAUGCAGCCUUGGUUGUGAUUCAAGACGACAGAGAAGACUGUGAAAAAUGAAGCUGUCACUUAGUAUCCAGCUAUUCCUGCUCUCCUGUGUCUACAGUAUCUGCUGUACUGAUGCAGUUACCAUUCAGUCCAAUCCAUCAGCAAAUGAGAGCUCCAUUGAGACAGAAGUGAAUAAGACUGUGACUCUGAGCUGUGUGGUUCAGGACCCUGUUGAUGGAGAGGAACUGCAGUGGUACCGCAAUGGAGAACUAGUGAGCCUCAAAGAUGAAAACAGCCUGGAAGAGAGUCACCUGUGUGUACAUCCCGUCACCACAGACGAUAAUGGAGCCCUCUUCACCUGCCAGCUAAAAGCCAAUGCUACCAGGAAAGCCUCCAUCCAGCUGGUGGUCAAUUAUGCCCCUGACCUGAAUGGAAGUGAGGAGCUACGGGCUGAAGAGGAAAGUGACAUUGUUCUGUCCUGUGAUGUCCGUGCUUAUCCUCCACUAACUGUAGUCUGGAAGAAGGGUGGUGCUCUUCUGGAUCUUUCCUCCAGUACAUACCACACCAGCAACGAUGGCAUUACUGCUAAGCUCACCAUCUCCAACGUUAAACGUGAAGAACAUGAGGGCCUGUACAGCUGCGUGGCAACCUCCUCCAUCUACGGAGUCAAGAGCAAGAGUUUCAUCAUCACUGUUGAUGACAAAGUAAUGAAGUUCCCUCUGGGGCCCACGAUUGCCGGCCUGGUUGUGGUGGUCUUAACAAUCCUGCUGGCUAUCUUUUCCAGACGGGAAAGAAUUACAAAGUGCUUUAAAAAAGUUCGCCAUUAGUGAGCCACCAUCUCAGGAAUUCAAACCACGGCCGUUGAACUCAGAGGAAUACCAGACCGGACCUGCUGGAAUGCAAGUUACAGUUACUGUAUAACAACACUCAAUAACAAAUGGGACAUUCUCGAAACAAAACAUCUCAAAUGAAACUCUUAUAUGCCUAAUUAAAGAGUGAAAACACACUCAUGACUGUCUGCAUCGAGCCCUGUUUUUCAGCUUUGAGGAACAUGAUGAGGAAAACAAACCAUAAAAGUUGGGUGGAAACCUCUUUUUAUUCUUUUACAACUUGUGCAUCCACAGGCAAAAGACAUUGUGCAAUUGUUCCCUGAGGCUCAUUAAAAAGGUGUUAUACAUUGACUGCUGCUGCGUAAAAAAGAGACAGUGCCACACUUGCCACGUUCACAGCCUUGUAUCUAAAUGGCAAUAUAUGGCAUGGCAAUAUAAACCCUAUAAAAAGAACUUCUAACGAUGAUAAAUUCCCAAGGUCAAGGUCAAAGAUUUUUCCUUGAAUUCAUUAGAACACCUGCAUGUUUUUCAUAAUGUAUUACGGCAUCAACAGACGUUUAUGAAUAGAGGGCCUAAACCUUGGAACUUGCUAAACCAAACAUCUUCCUGGGGGCAUGCUCCCUCUGGAGGAUGUUUUUAAUGGCCCCAAAAUGUCUGUUCAGAAAUAGGUAAAAAUUAUAUCAAAAAUCUGAAUCUGAAAAUCUGUCUCUUCAUAUUAAGCAUAGAUUUUUUAUGAAUUGAAUACUAUAUCUGUAUACUUACACAGACCACAGAUCAAACAAAGGUAUUAAAGUUAAGCACUGCUAUCUCCACUCUCUUAAAUAAGCUGCUAAAUAUGUCAUUCAAAUACAAAGAUUACAAAUUGGUAUAGUCUCAGGUUGUGCAGUCAGAAAGAGCAUGAUUUUGUUUUGUAGUUGUGCUUACAGGUUUAAUGGUCUAGGCCCAUCAUGACAUGUGACAGCACGAAAAAAUAAAUUUUAUGCAACUAUUGUUUUUGAUUCAAUCUCACAAAUGAGGAUUUAUUAAGGUUUCUACAACUGCAGUAUUAAUUUUAACUGAAAGCUUAAAUACUGACUCACUUUCUUCUUGAUCACUAACCUUUGUCAGACUUCUUCAGCUCUGUCAGUCUCCUUCAGCUUCUUUUUCUCCCUCUCCUCACCUGUUUAGUAACAUUAUUUUUAUUAAACUCAGAUUUACAAGAACUCAAGAAUCAUUUACUUCAUUUUUUUUUAACUGGCAAAAAUCUCACCUGACUGACCUCCUAUGUAGCUGCCACCUCUUAAUUACCAUCAACAGACUGAAUAAUUCAGAGAUAUAAAACUAAGUUAUGGUCAACACAACACCAGUAUUAUCUAUAUACUAAAAACAAUAUAUAGCUAAUACUGUUGUGACUGUUUCAAAAUACUAUGAAAACAAAAAACUUGAGAAGUUUAUUUAAAUUCUUAAAAUAGUUUGGUCCUCAGCUCGCUAAGGUUCAAGCUUUAUGGCCUAUCUGCUUUUCUUUACCUAACGAGAUCCUAAACUUAACUAACAAGCAAACUAAAAACUCGAUAGCCAUCUAUACUGACCACCAUUUGCACAAAUCCGUAUUGUAGGUGGAUAUCUUCACUCUGUAACUACUUACUAAUUCAUACUGUAUAUUAUAUAUAUCUUGAAUCAAGCAUAAUCUUUAUUUUGUUAGCUUUUAGCUAAAAUCCUGUCACAGCUCCAGAGAUUGUCGACUGAUGUUACUUCAUAGAGUGAGCAGCACUAGAGACCCUCCCCCAGGUCUGACACAAUUGGCUUAUAACUUACUAUGUCUGAUAUGAUUGGCCUACAAUUUAUGAGGUCUGAUAUGAUUGGCUGAGUCGGCGCUACACUUUACCCCAAGACUAAACAGCAGAGCAUUGCCGUCUCCUGUUAUGUUAGAAAAUCUCUGUUAGCGCCACUGAGGCAGUGGCGGAUUAGAGCAGCAGCAGCGCCUCCCACAGUUCACGCCCUGCUAUCACUGUAUAUUUGAACAUGGAGACAUUGUGGUACAGUAAAAUAAUGAAGAACAAAAGCAAAAUACUGUUGAUGAUUUGAACUAUUAUGUAUAUUUAUUUGGGAGGGGGGUUAAUAUGUUUAAAUAAAUAUGUCAUGUCAUGUGUCGGUUGACUGAUCUCUGAUGCACAAAUAUUUCUUCAAUAAAAUAACACAAGAUUCUCAAUUACUUGUUUA